AUGUUACAAAAUUUCAAUUCACCAUUUCCUGUUGUACCAGGAAAUCAAAUUGAUUUUUCUCAUGCUGAAAUAUUAAAAAAAAGGAUAAAUUCAAUAAUUGGUGCAGCCAUUGUAAAGUUUCCUGCUCCAAAUUGUAUGAAUGUUGAUCCUAAUACACCCAAUUGGGAUAGUUUAGUUGAUGGUGAACUAGUUUAUGAUAUUGAACCUGAUGGAUCUUGUACACUGAUACUUCUUGCCUUUGACAUGUUAAUUGAUAAAGGAUUAAAUAUAAUGGAAAAAACUCUUGAUGAAAGAUUAGGCCAUUUACUCGUUCUUAUAAAAGAUUAUAAUAAACUAAUGUUAAGAAAUAACCCACAGCUUGCAAAUAAUCAACCACUCAAGUUCAUUUUUAAAGAGAUGGAGAAAUCUUAUGAUCUAGAGAAAGUUAUUGAAGAAAUAACUUCAAAAUUAAAACAUAAGAAUGAUGGAUUAAUUUUCACAUCUGCAAACUUAAAAUGGAAAUCACCAAGUAAAAAUUCUAUUGAUUUUCUUUUAAAAGUUGAACAUGAUCAAAAUAAAGAAAUGCCCAGAUUUUGUCUAUUUCAACAAGGAAAUAAUGGAUAUGAAUAUUUUAAUGAUAUGAAUGUAACUUAUGAACAAUGGAAAAUAUGGAUUGAUAAUAAUGAGAAACUUGAUGAAAGAUUAGUUGAAGUGGUUUGUAAUCCUUCUUCAUCAUCAUGGCAAUUUUUAAGAUUUCGUGAUGAUAAACUAUACCCAAAUCCUUCCGCUACUGUUGAUAAAAUAGUACAAAGUAUCAAAGAUGGUAUUGAUGAAGAAAAACUGAUUGCACAAACACAUAAAAUACAUGAUUCCUGGAAGAAAAGAGAACAAGAAAGAAAUCAACAAUUACCCACAAAUAAUAAAGUUUUAAUAAGACAAAUAUUGCCAAUUACAAUCAGUAAUGCUGUUCGAUUCUACUCUUCCCCAAGACCAAAAGGACCAAAAACACUUAAAGAACGUCUUGCAGAACUGAUUCCAGAAAAACUAGAAGAGAUAAAAUUAGUUAAAUCAAAAUAUGGUCAAGAAAUUUUAGGAGAAGUGUCGGUUGAUAUGGUGUAUGGAGGAAUGAGAGGUAUAAAAGGGUUGAUUUGGGAAGGUUCAGUCUUAGAUCCUGAUGAAGGUAUUCGAUUUCGUAACCUGACCAUUUCUGACUGCCAACGACUUUUACCUAAAGCUGAUGAAAGUGGCGGCGAGGAACCGUUGCCUGAAGGUCUUUUUUGGUUAUUGGUAACUGGUGAAGUACCAACCAAAGAACAAGUUACUGCUUUAUCAGCUGAAUGGGCAGCCAGAUCCGUUAUACCAUCUUUUGUUGAAGACCUUAUUGACAGAUGUCCAAAUACAUUACAUCCAAUGUCACAAUUUUCCUUAGCGGUAACAGCUUUACAACAUGAUUCUAAUUUUGCUAAAGCCUAUCAAACUGGAGUAAAUAAAAAUGAAUAUUGGGAAUAUGUUUACGAAGAUGCCAUGGAUUUAAUUUCAAAAUUACCUAAUGUUGUUGGUAGAAUAUAUAGAAAUAUAUAUAAAGAUGGGAAGGUUGCCCCUAUAGAAGCAGAUAAAGAUUAUUCAUAUAAUUUAGCAAAAGUACUUGGCUAUGCUGACAAUAAAGGUUUUAUUGAAUUGUUGAGGCUUUAUCUUACUAUUCAUUCAGAUCAUGAAGGUGGGAAUGUUUCUGCUCAUACAAUGACUCGUUGGAAUCUUGCAAAUCAAGAAGUUGUACGUUGGAUUCAUAAAAUGAGAGAUGAGAUCGGAGAAUCACCAAGUGAUGAAACAGUAGAAGAUUAUGUCUGGUCAACAUUGAAAUCUGGUAAAGUUGUACCUGGAUAUGGUCAUGCUGUACUUCGAAAAACCGAUCCAAGAUAUGAAGCACAAAGAGAAUUUGCAUUAAAAAAUCUACCCGAUUAUGGAUUGUUCAAGUUAGUUUCACAAUUAUACAACAUUGUACCAGGUGUAUUAAAGAAGCAUGGUAAAACCAAGAACCCAUGGCCAAAUGUUGAUGCACAUUCUGGUGUAUUAUUACAAUAUUAUGGAUUAAAUGAGCAAAAUUAUUAUACAGUUUUAUUUGGAGUUUCUAGAGCCUUGGGUGUUUUAUCACAGAGUAUUUGGGAUAGAGCUUUUGGAUUCCCAAUUGAAAGACCAAAAUCAUACUCUACAGAAAUGAUUCGUAAGAUGUUUGAGAAAUGA